ACAAUCCCAAUUCAUUUCAGAGCUUAAUAUAUUCCCUAAAAUCCUGAAUAAAGAAAGAAGAAUGGAAAAGGACAAACAAAAUUCUCAUAGUAUCAGUCAGUGGUCGAAAGAAGAUUUAGAAGAAGACUGAAAAGAUAUCUUUUUUUAUUGCUUUUUUGAACUUCCCAUAUGUGAAAGUAGGCUGCUUUCAAUUCAGAAAACAACAAAAGGGGUUUCCUAUUCACCAAACCACUGCCGAAACUUCUAUAACAUAAUGGUUAAUCAUAAUCAGGAUGAUGAAUCAUGUACAAAACCCAUUGGAAGGUGUUCAGUGUUUUAUUACGGUGUUGGGCACAUGCUCAACGACAUAACAUCAGCCUGUUGGUUCACUUAUCUCUUAGUCUUUCUGACAGAUAUUGGAUUAUCCCCAAGUGAUGCUGCAGUUGUAAUGCUCUCAGGUCAAGUUGCAGAUGGAUUGACCACUGUAUUUGCUGGUGAACUGAUAGACAGGUUUGGGCAUUUCAAAGUAUGGCAUCUUGCAGGAUCUGUCUUGGUUGGUGUCUCAUUUUCUUCAGUUUUUGGCGGUUGCUUGCCUUGCAAACUUAUUGGUUCCGAUUCGGCUAUGCUGCAAACUAUUGGUUACAGUGUGUUUGCUGCAAUCUUCAAUGUGGGAUGGGCUGCUACUCAAGUAUCACAUAUGUCGAUGGUGAACUGCAUUACACUGAACUCGACAAGCAGAGUAGUUUUAGCUAGUUGUCGCAAUGCUUUUACGAUGAUUGCAAACCUUAGCUUAUACGCUGUUGCUUUUGCCGUGUUCAAUGUCGUCGGAGCAGGGACACCUGCUGCUGUAGAAAAUCAGUAUCGUUGGAUUGCAUAUAUAUCAAUUUUCAUUGGAAGCUGCUUUGUGGGCGUGUUUCAUCUCGGAACCAGAGAGCCAAGUUUGAAUUUAGAAGCUCGUGUCAAAGGUUAUGUUAGAAUUUCUUGGAUGUAUUGGUUUAAGAAGAUCUUAUAUCACCAAGUUGCUCUUGUUUACUUGCUUACCAGACUUGUGACUAAUGUCUCCCAGGCGUUUCUUGCUUUCUAUGUGAUUUAUGACCUGCAGAUGAGUCAGUCUUCAAAAGCUCUGGUCCCUGCAAUCAUUUUUAUUUGCAGUUUUGUUGUAUCCGUCCUGCUACAGGAGAUUACAUGGACCAGCCAGCGAUUGAAGGGCUUUUAUACUGCAGGAGGUCUCCUUUGGGUACUUUGUGGCACAGGAAUACUCUUGCUUCCAAGAAACAUGAAUGUUCUUAUGUAUAUCUUGUCGGUAUUGAUUGGCAUAGCAAAUGCCUUGAUAAUGGUGACUGGAGUGGGCAUGCAAAGUGUCUUGGUUGGCCGAGAUCUAAAUGGCUGUGCUUUUGUGUACGGAUCAUUGAGUUUUCUGGAUAAAAUGAUAUGUGGGUUGGCUUUGUUCAUUCUCGAGUCAUAUCAGAGAUCCUCUCCGGAACUGCACAACUGCAGUACGAGCUGCCCAUUCUUUUCCCUCAAUCGGUAUGCACUAGGCCUCGUUCCAGCGGUAUGUGCACUCCUUGGGGUGAUAGUCACCUGCAGUAUGGACCUUCAGACACUCACAUUGAAGCCUCUGGAGGAACCUCUACUAGGUUAACCCCCAAAAAGCUGUUGAACUAAUAAUUAGUCAUAUGUUAAAGAAAGGGAUUCAAGCCUUGCUGCUGUUAGGUAUUGUUUUAUACAGAUGAAAAUAUUUCUGCAACACCAAUUAGCUCAAGAUUAUAGAGAACAUUAGCUCCAUUUAUACUCCAGUUAGCUUCUUUCCUAGUAAUUUUAACCAAAUUAGGAUCCCUUAACAAGAAAUCAUCUGUAUAGAUUCGGAUCCGUAUCGGUUCAAUGAUUUGCAGAAUUGUAGUUUGAAGGAUUACUUACUGUAAAAACUCUUGAAGGUCAGUAACAUGAUUGAAUUAUUGGAGCUUUC